CCACAAGUCAUUACAGGACGCUCUUUCUCACUCACCAGCCUCAGUCUCAGCGUCACCGAUCAAAUGGCCACCGUAAUCGACGGCAAAGCCGUCGCACAAACCAUCCGAUCUGAAAUCGCCGACGAGGUGCGUCGCCUCUCUCAGAAAUACGGCAAGGUUCCGGGGCUGGCAGUGGUGAUAGUAGGGAACAGAAAGGACUCGCAAAGCUACGUCGGAAUGAAGAGAAAGGCGUGUGCUGAAUUGGGAAUCAAAUCCUUCGAUAUAGAUCUUCCGGAGCAAGUAUCCCAAGCUGAUUUAAUAAAGCAGGUCCACCAAUUGAAUGUUAACCCUGAUGUACAUGGUAUAUUGGUCCAACUUCCAUUGCCUAAUCACAUAAAUGAAGAGAAAGUUCUGACUGAAAUCAGCCUUGAGAAGGAUGUGGAUGGCUUCCAUCCUUUGAAUAUUGGCAAGCUUGCAAUGAAAGGCAGAGAACCCCUGUUCCUUCCCUGCACUCCCAAGGCAUGUCUUGAACUACUAUCACGAAGUGGUGUAACUAUAAAGGGAAAGAAGGCAGUUGUGGUUGGUAGAAGUAAUAUAGUUGGAUUACCAGCUUCAUUGCUGCUUUUGAAAGCUGAUGCUACAGUUACCAUUGUACAUUCACACACCAGUCAACCAGAAAGUAUCAUACGUGAAGCAGAUAUUGUUAUUGCAGCAGCAGGACAGCCAAUGAUGAUCAAGGGCGGUUGGAUCAAACCUGGAGCUGCAGUCAUAGAUGUUGGCACAAAUGCUGUUGAUGACCCAACAAAGAAGUCAGGUUACAGGCUUGUUGGAGAUGUAGAUUUUGAGGAAGUAUCUAAAAUUGCUGGUUGGAUUACUCCUGUUCCUGGUGGUGUGGGUCCAAUGACAGUGACGAUGUUGCUGAAGAAUACUGUGGAGGGUGCCAAGCGCACCAUUGAGCAGAAUAACUAAUCUCCCUUUAAUAGAUGAAUGUAUUUUACAUAACCGCUACAAUCGGUUUGGUACAAUCACAAUUAUAUUUCUGCACUUUCACUAUCUUCCGCCUCCUUCCCUGCCCUUGUUCUUUUUCCCUUCGGUCCUUCUUACGUGUUUCUCAGAAGAAGCUUUCACUAUGUGUGUAUUAAGGAUAUUUUAGAUUGGAUUUACUGCCAUUUGAACC